ACUCAGCAGUGCAGCUUUUAAAACGUUAUCAUGUGGAGUUUUGUCGCUAUUUCAUUGUUUGUUAAGUAUCGGCCAUUGAAGUAUUAGACUUCAAGUAUCGGCGCUAUUAAACAAUCGUUUUUAGCGUUUUUAAUUUGUUCUGCAGCUUUAAAAUAAUAUCGACAAGAUCAAAUGAAAAUAAUCCGGCAAAUAAAUAGAAGAUUUAAAAGUUCCCUCGGCGUCAUUGCUCAUGCUUUAAUAUGAACGUGAAUUGCCAUGAAAUUUGUGCAGACUGGUGUUAUUCCUCGCAAGUUCACCAGUUUAGUAUUGCAUAUUAACGCAAUGUUGGGAUCAAAUUUCUAUGGCUACCUGAGCAGGUACACUAGUCCCUGCAGGCUAUCAGGUUAUAUGAGGAACUUUUCUUAUCGUUUGUGAUGGUUCAUGGUAUCUGAUUUUGUCAAUUAGUCUAAAUUGUUUAAAAGCUUUUGUUCGAGUUUUUCUGACAAAUAAGAGGAAUUUGGCAUUUGCUAAUUUUAAAAUGUUGCCUUUGUCUUGCUUUGCAUAACAUAUUUUGCAUUCCGUAGCACUUAAAGACGCAAUAAAAUAUCAAAAAGUGAGCUGAUGGUUCAGGUUCUACCUUUGUACCGUCAGAGGAAGGUUCAGCUUCCACCCCGAGCUAAAACCCCCUCCUCCUUCACUAGUAAUAGGACGCACAUCAGACAAGUUUUUUUGCAGGUUAGUUCUGUUGUUUUGGUUUGUCCUGUCAAUGGUUCUUCUUGAUAUUUGAGAUCUGUGAAGGAAGGCAAACUUUUAAAUCGGCACGAAAAUAUCCAGCGUGGAAUUUAGAUUUCAGUAUUACUACAGGGUGGGCCAAAAGUCAGUGGGCAUGCGUUGGCCUUAAUAGCUCUGCCGUGUUUUAUAUAUGAGAGCUGUUGCUUUGCAGAUAGCAUACUGUAACUUCUGGUUCGAGGAUUCCGUCGUCAAAUUUGAAAAUUCGAAUAUUUUAGACCACGCCCAUUCAAAAUUAAAACACCUAUAUUGUUCUCUCUGAAAGUGAACAUGCUGGACGCCUGAUUAAAUAGGACUCACAUCAGACAAGUUUUUGUGCAGCUUAGUUUUGUUUUAUUGGUUUAACCUAUCAAUGGUACUAAUGUACCAUUUAGGCUCUGGCAUAGAUCAAAGUUGAAGAAAACUCAACGUUAAUUAUGAUAUUUUAUAAUUCACAAAACAAUUGAUUAGAUCUCACGUAUGACGUACGUGCUCUUUUUUAUUUCAAAAUUUAUUUUCAAGUUUUACUGCGAGGAUGACAUUUGAUUCCCUCCCAGAAUGAAUAAAACACCUUUUCUCAUAACAAUAAACAAUCAAACAGGACACGCACGAGAGGUUGGGAAAGGACCCAAUAUCGGACCUGUACUGGGAGAGUUGUGACAGAGACAAGAGACUGUCCGAGAGAAAAGAUCUUUUCGAGCGACUCUCUCAACCUAGGUUCUAUCAAUGUUAUUUGUAUCCCGCUCUUACAUAUCGACCUUAUUGUCUAACUUGUUAACCAUCUUGUCUUUACACAGACAUUAAAUAAUAUUACCUUGCUUAACGCAGUCGUUAGUCCAUUCAAGAUUCAGUCUCAAGCAAGUUCUGACAAAAUAUGGUUCAUUAUUGCAAGUAAUAUCAACUUUGGAAACUUUCUUCUAAAUUUCUGAAGUAAUUGAACAUAAAUGUUCCACAAAAAUAAUUCGAUAAAUCAUUAAAUUUAAAGUGUUAUUUUUCUCAAACCUGUAGGAAAUGCCUUGACUUCCCUCAUGUGAAUCAACAUCAUGUCGUACAGCCAGUUUCACUACAUUUCCACACUUCUGAUUACAUGGUAUCCUGUACGUCUUUCCAAUAACCGUCACAUCGUCGGUCACUUGGAGAAUCCCACAGAGACUUCCAGUCCCAGUCUCAGUGUUUAUUAUAAACACUUGCAUACGAUAUCUACUUUCACCGGUGUGAGACUGGACAAUCUCUACCUCGGAGAAGCAGUGGAUCGUAUCAAACUCCAGUUUGUACCAGAUAUCAGUGUCCCAUGCACAUUCCGUGUGGGAGAAGGUUUUCAUAUCGUUAUCAUUUGCCAGAUCUGCUGAACCUUUGCCGUUUGUGCUGCUCUGAGACACUGUUGAAGGCUCUACUUUGGAGAUUACUGAAAACAUGGUCGAGUGAACCCUUCCCUAAUAUCUAUUAGAAUAGCCGUUAAAUGUUUGACUAUAAUUGCGAUACUUUUUAAGUUCAGCAUUUUAUCAUCAAUAUUUUAACCUAGAGUAUCAAGCUAGAAAUAGGGGUUUUUUCAUACAAAUAUGUACCUGUAUCUGCGUUAACGACACAUAUUGUCAUCAUUAGGAGAAUCAGAAGUCGAGAAAACAUCCUUUUAAUCAUAAUGAUGUCAAGUUUACGAAUGUGCAUUAUUCAAAUCAGCAAUUUCUCUUGGAGUAUUAGAGCAAACGGAUUAUUGAACGGUUAAACUGAGCUGCUGGAAAUCAAAUAACCAUGGCUGAGGCCUGAGUCUCCCACAUUCGGGCGCAUUUAUUUUAAACCCGCAUUAGUCAAAUAGGCAGAAUUAUACCCUCACAUACUGGACUUAUUAUCUGGGUAAUCUGAGUCAAACACAAGACACCGACUACAUAAAUGGUGACUCAGCUACCAUGGAAUCUGGUGAUAUUAAUAUGAACGAUCACACGAUUGUCUUUGAACUUUCUAGGGAGUUGAUUUAAAUUGCUGACUGAGUUCAAUUAAUCUAAAGUUUUGUUAGUUUGUAAUAGAUGUUAUAAAUGUUCAGAUCAACCCCGCCGGAGGUGAAGUAUGACAGACUCCACCUCUCUGAGUCCCAACGUGCAUUUCGGCGAGCGGAGUUUGGGAAACACUACGAGACAUCCCGGCCCGGGACAGCCAAGUCUUCAAGACCCGGGACAGCAACAACGAGUGGAGAAGGCAAGGACACCGGGAGACGAGGAGAGAGGGAGAAAAGACUCAAGGGUGGAAAUCAUCUGAAUACAGAGGUCACCAGAGCAAAGAGAUUUCCUGAAAGAUGUAGAAGUGCACCAAUAACCACCAAAUCCUCUGGUAGGCCGAAAAGUGCUUUCCACUCGAGAUGUGUUGAGACUAUCUGCAACUUUCACUCCAGGGCGUACGCAAGACAACCCUACAUUCAAACCAAAGAGGAGGCAUCAAACAUUAUCAAAAACAAAAUAAAGCAACAUAAAGAAGUUCUUGUGGCGGUGUUGGACUGUAGUUCAGUUGUACCGGAGCUUUUUCAGAGAAAUCUGCUCACUCAGGAGGAGGUUAAGAAAAUAUUAGCGUAUGAAACAAAACAAGACCAAAACAGAAGAGUGUUGAGCAUGAUUGUUCACAAAGAUCCUCGAACAUCGUACAAUAUUUUAGAGGUGAUAAGGAGCAGACAAAUGAUAUUCAAGGAUAUGUUGGAGGUCCCCGGACUGCAACAGUUCAUAUCGAGAUGUGAGACUGAGGAGUGGGGCAAGGAACUCCAGAGGACUCUUAAACUCCUCAAAAUGGACCCUAACGCAGUAACGAAGCGGUGUCCAAUCUGCAAAACAUGUGACAAAAAGAAGAAAAGGUCUCACUCUGCUAAAUUAGUAUCUCAAGUUGGAAGAGACUUCUCAAACAUUACCUUACCUACGAACAAGAUGCCAAGACCAGAACCAAUACCUCUCACCAAUCAAGAGAAAAGGAGGCUGUUGGAUAACUUAGAAACGAUAUCCGAAGUUUCAACGACCUUCUGUGAAGACGAGAACGCCGCCUGGAUAAGAGUCCUUCAGGCAGAACCGGAGAUAAUAGAACGCAUUUAUAGAGAAACAUGAGGAGAUACGUGGUCCAGUUGUUUGAGAACUUCGAUCAAGACAAAUCUAUGUUAGUUCUAGUUUCUUUUCAGAAUUUUGUCCCUUUACUUUUGUCAAAUCCAGGUCCUUAAAGUCAAUGCCAUGGACGGAGAUUCCGAAUCAGCGUCCAAGAACACAUCUAAUCAACUGUGGACUGUAGUUUAUGAAAUCACUCAGAUAAGAGCAAAGACUAAGAGUCCUUCGGACAGCGCAGAACCAAAAUAUUAUUAUUAGAACAACUGUAUUAUUUUAUAUAUAUAUAAAGAAACAUGAGGAGAUAAC